AUGAUGUCAGCGCCCAUUGCGGAGCAAACCAAUGACAGUACCAUCCAAUGCCUGAUUUGGGUCAUUCCCGAUUCCUACGCUUUAGAUUUUGCCAUCUCCAGGCCUGCAAGAGCUUGCAGCAGCGCGAAGGCUGUCGACCGAGAUUGCCAAGCAAUGGCAUUGGCCCUCGAUGACAUGGAUGGUGGGUUGCCAGAGGGUUGGGUGGAGCUUUUGGGCCUCGCUGCCUCACAUGGAGCGGCCGGUGACGCACCAGCUCCAUCACUCCUUUCCUUGGAAACACAGUUGUCUCUGGAGAACGACAUGCUUCGCGCAGCACUGAAGCGGGCACCUAAAUGA